AUGUCAGUCGGAUUUGACCUUAUCAGUUAUCUCGCUCUCCAGAAACAGAAUAUUGGAGGAUACAUAGUCAUGCUUGUCAGAGUCCUGGCACUUUUUGGAUUUUUCGCCCUACCAUUUCUUCUUUCUCAAAUGGUGACAUAUUUCCUCAUCCCCAAAGAUUUCGUGGAAGUCAGGAAUGAAGACAUUGAUGGUUAUGACGAGGAAGAAUUUUAUGCUCAUUUUUCAGUCAAAGAAUGA